AUGCCCGCCGGCGUCUCGUGGGGCCAGUACAUGAAGUUCCUGGGCUGCGCCCUGGCCUCCAUGAUGGCCGGUUCGCAGGCGGUGCACUUGUACUACCGUCCGCUGGAGGAUCUGCCCGCCUACAUCGAACGGGAGCAGCAGCCACCCGAUGCACAAGCCUCGAAAUCCGUGUAA